AAGCAAUGAGAUUCUGCUGUUACUUACAGCUUGGGCCAUCCCAUCCAGCGCAUCAUCACCCCGACCUGAAUCCAAAGUCAAACAUACAGGUGGAAUGGGAAAAAUCUCAAAGCGUUAAGCCAACCAAAACUGGCGCAUUACUUUGACCACUGAUAACCAUUCACAACACAAAGCUUGCUGACAAAUUUGUCUUCAAAAGAAACAAGUCCUUUUCCUUUGAUCAGAGAGGUGAUUGCCUUUCUUUCACAGCAUCUGUUUCUUUGAUAAAUAAAUAAAUAAAUAAAAGGUUAGAGAUACAGAGAGGUGUCCUGUCCAGAAAGGAAGGGAACAGAGAGAUCCAGAGAAAACACCCACAAACCAAUCUCUUUCUUUUGGGACUUCUAAACAUAGUUUCGGGCAGUAAAAUAAUGGCUCUUCCAUCUCAUACACUUGAAAAUGGAAGCGUUUUGGUUGAUUCAGGCCAGUCCCGUCUCGCAGAGCUUGGCUACAAACAAGAGCUCAAGCGUGAUCUCUCGAUGUUUUCAAAUUUUGCGUUUUCAUUUUCGAUCAUAUCAGUGCUCACUGGUAUCACCACAGUCUACAAAACUGGCUUGAAUUUUGGUGGAACUGUCUCUUUGGUUUAUGGUUGGUUUAUAGCGGGUGGUUUCACCAUGAUUGUUGGGUUAUCAAUGGCUGAGAUCUGUUCCUCUUACCCAACUUCUGGUGGUCUUUAUUAUUGGAGUGCUAAGCUUGCUGGUCCAAAUUGGGCACCGCUUGCCUCUUGGCUUACAGGCUGGUUGAAUAUUGUUGGUCAGUGGGCUGUUACAACAAGUGUAGAUUUCUCACUUGCACAACUGAUUCAGGUGAUAAUUCUCCUUAGUACAGGUGGAAAAAACGGUGGUGGAUAUGAGGCGUCUAAAUAUGUUGUCAUGGCUUUUCAUGGGGCAAUCCUACUGAUGCAUGCUAUAAUAAACAGUCUUCCCAUUUCAGUUUUAUCUUUCUUUGGACAGCUGGCUGCUGCAUGGAAUCUUCUAGGUGUUCUUCUUCUUAUGAUCCUCAUUCCCUCAGUUGCAACAGAGAGGGCUAGUGCCAAGUUUGUGUUCACUCAUUUCAACACAGAUAAUGGGGAUGGAAUAAACAGUAAAGUCUAUAUUUUUGUUCUUGGGCUUCUUAUGAGUCAGUAUACCCUUACUGGAUAUGAUGCGUCUGCUCAUAUGACAGAGGAAACCAAGAGCGCUGAUAAGAAUGGACCAAAAGGAAUAAUUAGUUCCAUUGGGAUAUCUAUUAUUUUUGGAUGGGGUUACCUACUUGGCAUCACCUUUGCAGUUACCAACAUCCCAUUUCUUUUGAGUGAAGAUAAUGAUGCUGGAGGUUAUGCUAUUGCUGAAAUAUUUUACCUAGCAUUUAAGGAUAGAUAUGGCAACGGCGUUGGAGGAAUUAUUUGCUUGGGAGUAGUUGCAAUUGCUAUAUUUUUUUGUGGUAUGAGUUCCGUAACUAGCAACUCAAGGAUGGCGUAUGCAUUCUCAAGAGACGGGGCCAUGCCAUUGUCACGUUGGUGGCAUAAAGUGAACCAGCAGGAGGUUCCUAUAAAUGCAGUUUGGCUUUCUGCAUUUAUCUCAUUUUGUAUGGCACUCACGUCUCUUGGAAGCUUGGUGGCAUUUCAGGCCAUGGUAUCUAUUGCAACUAUUGGACUUUACAUUGCUUAUGCCCUACCAAUAUUCUUUAGGGUGACCUUGGCUCGAAAAUCCUUCAUCCCAGGACCCUUCAACCUGGGCCGCUAUGGGGUCUUGGUUGGUUGGAUUGCAGUCAUAUGGGUGGCAACGAUAUCAGUCCUCUUCUCAUUGCCUGUUGCCUAUCCAAUCACCCCUCAGACACUCAACUACACUCCCGUUGCUGUUUGUGGUUUGCUCGUUCUUACCAUUGCUUCUUGGAUCGUUAGUGCUCGACAUUGGUUUACAGGUCCUAUAACCAACAUAGAUAAAUGAAAUUGUAUGUAUGCCCUGAUUAUUAGAUUUCAGUCUCUUAAGACAAUAUAUGAUUGGUUUUUUUUUUUUUUUUUACACAAAGCUCAGGCAAUAAAACUUUUGUAAAAUUUCUCAAUGUUCUAAAGUAAGUAAUUCAGUAAAUUUUUUUAGUUGUGUUUAUGAAUUCAUGUCCUUGCAGCGCAGAAAUUGAUUCUUUGAUGAGACUUAGUCGAUGAAAAUAUAUUCUUACAAAUAAUUUGAUUUCAAAAUUAGUCUGGCAGUUUUCUCAUCUUUAUCAAAAUCUAUUACGAUAUGACUGCUGAUUAAAAAGGAGAGAAGCAAAAAUUUCAGGAAAAAACUAUUGAUAAAGAAAACUAUUGAAUGCACAGGUCUGACAGCUAAUGAUCCGAAUGGUUUUUUACUUCACCCCUUCGGGAAAAU